AUGGCUGCUCAUCCAGGUAAAGUCAUAACAAUACAGACAAAAACUGUUGCAAUGCCUUUGCAUAACUCUAAUUGGAUAAACGAAGGACUGCCUAAGAAUUGGAACUAUGGUGUCAUGCACGAUGGCAGAAUAUUCUUCAUUGAGUUGGCACGAUUUCCGUUCACUGUUAACCGAGGAGCAGCACAGAACAACCUGGAUGCACCCAACAUUAGGUCACCCCCUUCAAACGGGAUUGAUGGACAGCCCAAUCAUGUGCAUGGCUUCACCACCCACAACAUCCCAACUGAUGACAACGCUGGCAGCAGCAACCUAGUUACUCCAAGAAGGUCCCUGGAUAGGUACCCCCUGGCCAGGAGGGAUCCUGAAUUUCCCGCGGAGCUGCAAGGCUGUCUACUCAGGAUGGAGGGAGCCCUGUUGAAGCAGUGGAAGAAAAGAUGGUUUGUUCUGGCUCAACAGCAUCUCUUCUGUUACGAAGCUUUUGAUCUAGUUUUGAGAAAUUGUUUCGAGGUCUUCUACAACAUGACUCUUGUUGGCACAUCUGAUAUCAGAAUCCAAAAUACUUGCUUGUCGUGCCACACAACGUUAACGCAUCACAUAAGUGAGAAGAAGUGUUUGAGCACUUACUACCUGCCUGGCCACACUAUGAAGUCUGCUUAUGGGGAGCCUGGUGUCUUGAAGCGAUUCUCAAUCAAGAUUGAGAAUGACCAAGCGAAGACAUUAUAUGUGGCGUCCGAUGAUGCUGGCGACAUGCAAGUUUGGAUGAAUGCAGUUGGCAAGUACUCGUCCAGCAACAUCAACAACAUCAACAGCAACCGUGGGACUGCCGAUGCCAAGUUUUUCAUCGAAGGUGACGAAAAUGAGGAUGACGUCUUUUCUCACAAUCCGCCACGAAGAUCGUCAUCAGUUGGAUCACGAAAUAAAAAAUCGCUACGAAGAUCGUCAAGUCGUCAAUCGGCUCUUCAAAAUAUUUCAAGCAACUUUGCUGCCAGGCACAACAGUGAGGUAGGAACAUUGAAGAGUUCCUACAGUUUGCACAACAGCUUCAACAACACUUUGCGUAGCAGCAGUAGUAAACAACAACUCAAUUCACCAUUCAAAUUGAAUUACACUGAACAAAGAUGUCGAACGCCUGUCUACAGUUCGAGCAAUGCAUUCGAAAACGCAAGCAACAAAAAAUCAUUUUCAUCUGCGUCGCUACAGAACAGAAAUCCGCAACAUUUUGAUCAAUCAAUCGACUAUGUGAACGAGUUAAGAGGUGAUGUUAUUGAUGGAGCUACUACAUCGCAGCACAAUUUCAAAAUACAAAAGAAUUAUCUAAUUAAAAAUUCAUUACCUAACACGCAGCAACAGUUUACCGACAAUUCCUUUCCAAACUCGAAACAACCACGAUCGUCUCAUUACGACUUCAACAAACAGUUGCAACCGCAACAAUUACAAUCACAAAGAGAUCUUGCAACACCUAGCUCAACAUUCUCUGUGGCGUCACUUAACUCGGACAGAAACUAUUUUGACAGAAAUUCCAACUUUUACAAAUCAAAAUCGGCAUUCAACGCUGCACCGACAACUAACUACAAACAGAAUUAUUCGGACAAUCCUGGUGACAUUUCAACUAAUUUGAACAGAAAUAAUUUCAACAAUUUAAACACAAAUGUCAAUUCUUAUCCUAACAACAAUUUGAUGAUAGAAUCUCACUUGAACAGUCAACCUGCAUACAAUGAUAUUUUAAGGCCAAAGUUAAAUAAAAACAUUAACGUAGAAUCUCUGAACACCCUCAAGACUGCUGCCUCAUCGAAAACUUCUAGCAAGAACACUUACAUUCUGAACAAUCCUGAGAGUGAGAACAAAUUGAGUGUGAACCAGUCGAGCAGCGUGUAUGAUAGCAACAUGUUCAACAAUCAACAGAAAUUUAACAGGGACUCUAAUUCUUCGUAUGUUGGCAAACAUUCCACUCUGAUUAACCAACAGCAACAACUACUACGACAGCAGCAGUCAGACUGGACCCCACUGAAAUACAACAUCGAUGCCAUCAAGGAAGACCCUGACAUGCUUGAUACUGAAGUUUUAACAUCACGUAACUUGCAAGAUUUGCAGAGGAAACUGGCCAGCCACACGCGGUUGAGACUGAGCAUUUCAGUGCAGGAUCUCAUGGGCCGAAGCGUUUGUACCUCUUCUCUUCAAACUGAUUUAUAA